AGAAGAACGGCGCAGCAUAUAUCAUGCGAUACUAGUGGUUCAUCACGCAGCACAAAAGGCAACCGAGAAAAGAACACAGUAGAACAGAAAGAGAGCCGCAAAGAGAGAGAGAGAGAAAGAGCGCGCGCGCGCGAGAGAGAGCAAGUGCGAACAGGCAGGCUCAUAGGCAGGAGGCUUCCUUGCAGGAGAGCAAUCCGGUGGUGCAAUCGUGUCCUGUAGGUGCUGGAGAGUGCGCGCGAGAGAGAGAGAGAGUGAGCGUGGCUGCGAAAAGGGAGGAACAGCGCGAUCCGCUCCAUCUAUUCGUCCUUAAAGCAGUCCUUCGUUUGCAAAAAGGGGGAAAAAACAACAAAAGAUUAUCCGGCCACCGUAGCAGCAGCAAACGGCGGGUGGAGAAGUGGCGUGUGCAGCCGCCACGCGAGGGGACAAAAGCUUCCAUGGUGCAAAUUCAUCCUUUCGCCAGCAGCAAUCAGUAGGUCGGGUCCUUCUGGUGCCCAAGACGUACCGUUGGCACUCAGGCUUGGCUUCUGCACUGGGAGUGGUGGUGGGUCCGGCUGUUGGUGGCGAGCGGGCUGGUGGGUAGAGAGCGUGAAUUGAAUCGUAUAACGUUGUGCACGGUGCCCAACCACACACACCCGAAAAUGCACAGCAUGAUCAAGCAGCAAAGGCAGCAAGGAUCUCGACGAAAUGCUAUCAGCCGCUGCAGCAACCACAGCGCCGGAUGUGUCCAAAAUUCGCUCCCGAGCGUUCUUGAUUGUGAUUAUUUCAACAUUCCUGAUACCAAUGCUGCUGCGGGUGUUGCUACCGACACGAAUACGCCGACAGCAAGUACAGCAAGUACCACCGCGAUACAUCCUGUACGGCCACGGAGGCACCGCCGAAGGCUGGUGGUGGUAGUUGGUGCGAAUUCCGUCGACAGUGCAGCUGGCAGAUGUCGUCGCUACAACCGUACGAAUGCAAACAAAACUGAUAGCGAUGCCACCAGUCCCACCACCAACGACACCAGCACCACCCCCCUUAUUCCAGCUGUACUCGAACGAUACCCACAGUCCUCCGCGCUGGGUUCCGUCAGGACUCACCACAGAAGCAGAACGAAACUAACGUACAGCAGUAUUGUGCAACUAUGUUUGGCCUUGUUCUUGAUCUUAGGAUGCUGUGAUGCAGCUAAACAAGAAGUUUUACAAAGUGGUCCGGGGUGUGCAUUUCCCAAACGAUGGGAAGGUCAAUGGUUUCAAUCCGGUGUACAACAGCCAAUUACGAUAGAAGGAUCGACGUUGAGUACUAGGGGCCGGUGCAUCGCGAGUGAAGGCGAUAAGUUUUUAUUAGUUAAUGGCAAAGGAUGUCACCGGUGCGUUGUAAUUUAUCAGAAGCACAUAAACAUACUCCAGUAUAAAGAAAGUGAGUGUGAAGAUUUUUAUACAGGCCAGUUGAACCCAGCUGCAAUGCCUAUUCAUAGCGUUUUAAAAAGUGAUCGGGGCUUAGCUCAUCCCAACAUGAACGGGCAUUCAAGAAUAUCGUCAUCGGAUCCGUAUAUGCGAUCCAAUGAAGAUAGCGACAAUUGCAUGGGAUGCAAAGGUCGUGAGACACUGCACUACCUUUGCGAACAAAUCCCGGGUGAUGCUCUUUUGUACAGUAUGUUUAAAAUAAAUCCAGAGCCAAUUAAAUGUCCACUGUCAGGAUCAUAUACUUUCACCUACAACCGUGGCCAUGGAGAAUGUAGGAGUCCUGUUUCGAAUAUGGAAAUGUGUACAGAAGACAGUAGAUUACUGCUAAGUUUUCAGGCCUGCCCUGAUGUACCUGGGACCGAAAGCACGGUUGAAGAAUUAACAUGCCUAGCAUGGUGGAAGGACGGCAAUUCACGCUAUCUUGUCGGGUUGGUUUCGCAUCAUCAUGCCACUUCAAACGAAGAACGAUUUAGAUGUUUCGUGUACGAAAAGCUAAGCGGAUCCGAUGCAGAGUAUAAACUAGCACAAUCUGGUGAUGCCACUUGUAACGGGCUUGAAAGUGCGGAGGUUGGCUCUCGUAUAAUGACGCUAAAGAAAGCACCUUUGAUGGAUCGCUGCGAUUUUCCGGUCUGGUUUAAAGGACCUCGCUUUUGGCAUGCGCUCAUGGGUAGUGCUUACUACGUAUUCGACGCAAGUGACGGUUCAUUGCACAUCAAAAAACCAAACGGUCAUACGGUUGCCCGAUCCCUUUGCGAGCAAAUUAACAAGCAAACGUCAUCGGAAAUGAUGGUUGUUGUUCAUCAUACAAUGGGAUGUAAAUCUGGUUUCAUGUGUGUCAUGUUCUACAGACGAGAUACUCAUGUAGCAGAGCUACAGAUGGGAACGCCGGCAGCUAGGCUAGAAGAUGCAUGUACGACUGAAAACUUUGACGUGCAUCGAACACCGUUCGUUACAUUGUUAGCUAACAAUUCUGAAACACAGCUCUGUCCCUUGGAAGGUCAGUACAUGAUGAAAGGUUUCCUUAUGCCAACAUCGUCUAUUUCACGGCACAAACGCAAUCAUAACAACAAAGCCCGUUCACACCGGCACUGGGAUGUGGUCGGAUAUCGCAACCAGGAAAGCGCCAUCAGCAGCACCAGCACCGGUACCGUUGGUGGUAUCAUAACGGGCGGUUACAUGGGCUUGGAAGCGAAGCGAAGAUCCUACCUUCCUCGUUCUCGACGAACUGCUAGCGAAGCGCAAAAUGACACGACAUACACCGUAGUUCAUGGUGAAGUUGGAGGAAAAUACGGUGAGAUGGGCAGAUCACGUCGAGAAACAGCUGGUGGAUGUAAUAUCAACCAUAACACCAAUCGGCAACUAUUAGUCGGUUGCGGCGAAGAAAACAUUAUUGAAGUGAAACCAAAAUGUAAAAUCGACGACGAAGAAUUGUACACAUGCCACGGCCAUUGGCAGGAAAAUCAAACGACGUACAUUAUUGCAAAACACUUCAGUUCUCAGCAUGGAGUAUGCAUUAGCUACGUGCCAACGGAAGGCAGCCAGGUACAGCUUUUCGUCGGGGACACCUGUCAUCGUGCCAACAUGCAGUCGGGCCAGCACAGAUCAAUGCCUGCCAACAUUACCAGUUUCGGCAAAUGUGGUGAAAUUAGCGCGUCGAUAGUGCUCCAGCCCCACCGCUACUGGCUCUAUACCAUCGCGUUAUCGAUGCUUCUGAUAAGAUGUGUUCUAAGAUGAUCAUUUACUGUCGAAAUGAGGCGUUAGAUGUACUAAGAACGCGCAAACUUCUCUGUCGAAGCGACAUGAAGGAGAUUCGUGUGUUUGUUAUACGUGUUAAUGUGUGCGUACCGCGGUGACACCCUAAAUAGCAUAUUAGUCAGCUAUGCCAGAAAACAGGUGAGGCGAUAUAUCGGGAAAUAACAGCUAAAGAAUCAUACGCGCGAUGCACGCAAGUGUCUCAAUACGAACAGAAAUCUUCCACUGAGGAAGAGCUAGAUGUGAAUCAUGACGAGAUCAAAGACAAGAUAUCGUACAUAUGCAAUGUACAAAUGGGUAACAGCUACUUGAGUAUAAAAACUAAAUAAUAUGUUUUUUCUGAAUAUUUUUAAUUUAUUAAAUUAUGUUCUAUGUUGCGUUUUUAAAUCUCUACUUGUUGUGAUACGAUAAAAAGAAACAAAAACCGACCACGUGAUGCGCGGAAGACACACACACAGGACAGGAUAAUAGCUAUAGGAAAAUGUUAUAAACUUACUUGCCUGCCGUCUCAUUUCUUGUGCAAACGGGGGGUGUGCAUUAGGAAGUAGAAACAUCGAGGCUGCAUUUUACCCAUACCGGAGUGUGAAACACAAUUCGAAAGCGUUUGGCUGCAUUAGAAUUGUUUUUAUUUCUUUCAAUUAUUUAUGGCUUUUAAUCACGUGAUUGUAACGCUUUGUAAAACUGGCAGCAUACGUACGAAUGGUUGAUAAACGAACGCACGGUUUGCAAGAGCAGUGUGUGGCUGUGGGGGUGAUGUAUGCGAGCAGCCGGAACUAAAGGAGUGCAGGAUUUGCAUGAGGGUGGUGUGUGAGCGCGUACGUAAUAGAUACGAUACCACGGUAAAGUAUUUUUGCGGCCGAUUUCUCUGGGAUUGCUACCGUUGCCGGGCGUAAAACCAUUUGUGAGUAACUGAUAAAAUGCUAUAAUACAUUAAAACCUACUGCACAUAUAUACAAGUAACAACCAACGAAAACUAAACAAGUGAACGGAUAUAGCAGGAGACAGGAGCUGAUGGCUGGCGGAGACGAGGGUGAAUUUGAUAGGAAAAGAAAGAGUGUAGCAUAGCAAAAAGGAAAAGGGAGGGGGCAUAUUCGCUGAAAGGAUAUAUAUAAAGCACCGCCAAACGCGCGCCGCAGAAAGAAGGAGAAUGUGAAACACAUACACCCGCUAAUAAAGCAGAAUAAUAAUCAUUCGUUUUUGAAUUAUGUAUCCAAGGUUUCCUAUUAAAAGUGAUUGUACAAUGGUAAUGACAAAACAAGAGAGAAUGCAGAAGGAAAAUACAAGAAAAAACUACGCACCGAAUGAUUUGUGCAAACCUCUAGAAAAUACGGAAAAAGGACGAGACAAAAAAAGGGCUAACUUCCGUGUGAAAUGAUAAACAGAGGACAGAGCAAGAAAACAGCGCAUAUAUAUAUAUAUAUACACACACAGACACAUAAAUUUAAGAUGGGACUAUAGGCAAAAUGGAAUAUGAUAGCCGAAUGUUGUAGAGCGUGUGCGAAAGGGGAAAAAACGGGAACGAGCGUGAGGAAAACUCCACGCACGGAACGAAAGGUGAUGUUUAAAACGAAUGGGGCUGGAAAAUGUUUUAUUUUAUAUGCGUACGGAAGCGACAGAAGGCGAAAACUACCAGGGGAGGGGAAAAGGUGAAGAAAAACCACACACACAGACACAAAAAUGGUACUCUAGGCUUUUUAAAUUAAAUUAUCAUACAACCAACCAACAAAUUACUAUGAUCUGAUAUUUUUUGUGUAAGUACUCGAAUCGUGACGAUAACAGGAGGAAGCAGAAAUUAAGAAAAACCGCGGAACGGAAAAUGCCCAAACGGCGGGAAUGUGACACAGUGAGGCGAAAACGAAGAAGAAGAAAAAAAGAAUAAACCAACUAAAAUAAUGGAUGAAAAAAGGUGGUGUGUCUGUCUGGCUGUUGACGGGUGUCUGAUGUUACGUUCGAAAACGAAGUGUGACGGUUCUAGCACACAGAAGCCAACGGUCGUGUUAAAGGUUCAUCUCAACGAGGCUUAUCAACGUUGCUGUGUGUUGCUGUAGCAACGA